AUGCCCUUGGGAGCUGUUGUAUACCCGCCAGAUCCAUUUGGAUACCUCUCUAAUUGCAAAGAUUUUACGUUCCACGACUUGUACUACCAAGAUGAGAUAGCUCAAGAUACGAAGAACAUCAUUAAUAAGUUUGAGCAAGAACAGAGCUUCAUGGGAAACGAUAAGGAGGAAGAUCGUCAAUGGCGAGACUAUCAUCAAUACCCUUUGAUCCCUUCGUUGGAAGAAGAGCUUGGUCUUCCAGCCAAUAAUAUGGAGACUCCUCUGCAGCAAAGGAGGAAGAGAAGGAGAACUAGAAGCAACAAGAACAAGGAAGAGAUCGAGAACCAGAGAAUGACUCACAUCGCCGUCGAGAGAAAUCGCCGGAAACAGAUGAACGAGUACCUCGCCGUACUCCGUUCUCUAAUGCCAUCGUCAUAUGCUCAAAGGGGAGAUCAAGCAUCGAUAGUAGGAGGAGCCAUAAACUACGUGAAGGAGUUAGAGCAUAUCUUACAAUAUAUGGAACCUAGGAGAACCACGACCCCGGAAGCUGACACUAGCACUAGCUCGUUGGUGCGUCCCUUCUCAGAUUUCUUCACUUUCCCCCAGUACUCUACAAAGCCAUCAUCAUCAGUAACGGAAAGCUCAUCUUCCCCGGCGGAGAUAGAAGUGACGGUGGCGGAAGGCCACGCGAACAUCAAGAUAAUGGCGAAGAAGAAGCCUAGGCAGCUUCUUAAGCUCGUAGCUUCGAUACAGAGCCUAAGGCUCAGUCUUCUUCAUCUCAACGCCACCACUCUCGACAACUCUAUUCUCUACUCCAUCAGCGUCAAGGUCGAGGAAGGGAGCCAACUGAACACCGUGGAUGACAUCGCAACAGCUUUGAAUCAAAUCAUAAGGAGGAUUGAAGAAGAGUCAUAA